AUGGCCAGCCUCCCGACGCUCGCCAAGGCGGCCCUGCUCCUGCUCACCCUGCUCCUCCUCCUGGCCGCCAUCCUGCUACCCAUCUUCCUCAUCCCGCGCCACCGCAGGGAGCAGCCGCUGCCGCCGGCGACGCCCCCGCGGGACAACUGCUCCACGCGCGCCAACGCCGGCGCGGUGGCCUUCGACUUCUCCCCGUUCCUCGUCAAGUACAGGAGCGGCUGCGUGCACCGCAUGGACGGCACCGACCGGGUCCCCGCCGGCGUCGACGCGGCCACGGGGGUCACCUCCAAGGACGUCCUCAUCGACCACGCCACCGGCCUGUCCGCCCGGAUGUACCUGCCAUCCGACGAGGGAAAGAAGAAGGGCGAUCUCCUCCCGGUGCUCGUGUUCUACCACGGCGGCGCGUUCGUCAUCAUGUCGCCGUUCGAGCCCAAGUACCACGCCUACCUCAACGCGCUGGUGGCCAGGGCGCGCGUCGUGGCGGUGUCCGUGGACUACCGCCUCGCGCCGGAGCACCCCUUGCCGGCCGCCUACGACGACUCGUGGGCGGCGCUCCACUGGGUGGCCAAGAACGCGCGAGCCGGGCCGGAGCCGUGGCUGCGGGACCGCGGGAACCUCUCGCGGCUGUACCUGGCCGGCGACAGCGCGGGCGCCAACAUCGUGCACAACAUGGCCAUGCGCGCCGGGAACGAGAGCGGCGGCGCGGCCAUCAGGGGCAUCCUGCUCCUGGACCCCUACUUCUGGGGCAAGCGCGCCGUGGGCGCGGAGACGACGGACCCGGCCACGCGGCGGCAGUACGAGGUGACGUGGUCCUUCGUCUGCGCCGGGCGCUACGGCAUCGACGACCCGCGGAUCGACCCGCUGGCCACGCCGCCCGCCGAGCUGCGGCGCCUGGCGUGCUCCCGCGUGGCGGUCACGGUGUCGGGGCUGGACGACUUCGAGGCGCGCGGGAAGGCGUACGCGGCGGCGCUCAACGACAGCGGGUGGGACGGCGAAAUUGUGCAGUACGAGACCGCCGGCGAGCGGCACGUCUACUUCCUGGACGCGCCGGCCAGCCCCAAGUCCGCCAAGGAGCUGGCUUUCGCGGCCGGAUACCUCAGCCGGGAAUAGUCGUGGUGACCCACUCACUACUUUCUCAGGGUAGGUAGCGCGUCAUCCAUGGCCAUGGAUGCAACACCGUGCACGUGAGGUCGCGAGGAUUCAUCGCUGAUUGCCGUACAUACAUGAUUAACAACAAACUAGAGCUAACAUGUACUCUGUACAUCAUGUUGCAACUGUUUUCUUGCUUUUGGGGUUUCCCUUCGUGCA